UAAAAAUGAGCCUAAUCCGUUUUAAUUUGUUGAUUUUGACUAUAGGAGUAUGCUUUUCAGCCAUGACACCUUAAGCCUCGUUAUUGAUGAAGUCAUUCCACUAAGUAUGAACAAGUAUUGAGUCUUGUAGUUUGGCUAAAGUCCCUAUAGUGAUUAAUUAAAAGAAUUGGUGUAAAUCAAAUUGGAGACAGGAGCUUAAGUUGAUGAAGUUCUGAAACUCAUACAAGAAUUGUUAGAUUCAUUGAAAUCUGAUUAAGUUGAUGAUGAUGUUGAACACUCAAGAUAAAUGACAGUUUUCGAUUAAAAUAUUAGUGAAUUGGAAGACGAUCUCUCAAAAUUAAAUACAGAUUUGGCAAAUGCAAAUGUUCUCAUUUAAACCUUAGCUGAAUUAUUGGUCAUUUUAAGAGAAACUAUUAUUACAUAUGAAAAACAAUUGUCUAUUCUAAAUGAGCAAGAAUAGUUCAUUAGAAAUGCCAGAGCUGCUGAUGUCAAAGCAUAUAACAGAAGAGUUGAAUCUGCAAAUAAAGUUAUUAAUGCAUUAAAUCUCAUUAUUCAAAAACUAAGCAAAGCUGUUGACGAAUAAACUACUGAUGAAAAUAGAUAAGCCAUUUUAGCUUAAAUACACAGUGAAUGUCAUGAACAAUUCGGACCAAAUCAUCCAAUCACAAUUUUGGUGAAAUUAACAACUAGAUUUGACGUUCCCACGGUUUAAAGAAUUUUAGAGAAAUUAGAGUAAAUUAGAGAUGCAGCUACUAAAAGUUUGAAUGAAGAUAUUGAAGCUGAAGCAGUGGCAUCUACUAAUUUUGAUAACUCCAUGUCUGAAAUUGAAACUUUGAGAAAGAGAUUAUCUACAGAUCUUGAGAACUUAAAUCAAUAAUUCAAUGACAAAUUUAAUUAGCAAGUAAGAACCAUAAGAAUUAUAAAUAGAAAAUUGUUUUGGCUUAAAAAGAACAACUUUUAAUCGAUAUUCCUAUCACAGAAGAAUUACUUCGAUUAACAAAGGAAUAAUAGGAAUAAUAUCAUUAAGCAUAUAUUAGCAGAUAAACUUAAAGGUAUUGUUUUAGUUGUAAUUUUAAUAAAGACUUUCUGAAAUUGAUGUUGUUUAAAAAGCUUACAAUCUAGUAUUCGACCAUGUAGAUUCAGUAAAAAAAUCAGAAGACCUAACAGCUAAACUAAGUAGUUGAUAUAUAUAAUAAUCAAUAAUAAAUUAC